CACCCCCCGAGGUGGGCAACGUGGCCUCCCAGUUCGCGGAAACACAUGAUACGCCAGUCACCCCAACGCCAACCCGUUGGCGAUCCGGGAACGUGAUGCAACCUGUCUCAACGAUGGCAGCACAGAUGAGUGUGAGCAUUGAUGAAAAUGAGGGCCAGGAGCGCUGGCAACCUGGGGGGCCAGCGAGGCCAGAAGCGGAAUCAGACAACGCAAGAUUCUACAAAAGUCAUGGAUUGGCAGGCCGAAGCAUCAAAUUUCCCUGCUAGACGCGAGCAAACGCGCCCAGGCGGUGGUGGGGGCCUUGGAAGCAGCCCAGACACAGCAACAAGAAAUGUACCAGAUGGUCCGAGAACAGGUCCAGGCACACCUGGCAGAAGAGCUGUCCAACUGGAGAGCAGAACAGCAGAUUCAUGAAGGGAUCUAUCUAGAGCGGAUUACAAACCUGGAGCAGGAAGUCAGUAAACUUCGCACAGAGCUUACAGAGGCCCAGUGCACCAUCCAGCAGCCUGGGCUGUAUCACGGGCUCGGAAACUAGCAGCUAAAACGAAUAAUAUUCAUAUCUAGACUAAGUAGCCUAACGACGAGAAUAUCGAAUCUGGGGAAUAAGAAGAAAAGGAAAUCUAUCUAG